UACCUGUCAAAAAAGUGGAUUCAGAUCCCAUUAUCGUCACUCUGCUUAUCGUCGUCCCACAAAACAAACCUUAUUCGGGAUACACACUCAAGUGAGUCCAACCAGUCACCAGAUCUAGCGAAAGCGACAUCGUGGCACAAGAGGGACUUCAAGAUGUCUUCAUUCUCCCCCUCUCGCAUCUCUCCUCAAAGCCGAAGCUCAGCAGUUCAUCAUCAUGGCUUCCACGGGUCCGCAACCUCCUUAUCCGCUGCACGAGUCAGUUAAGGAUAGAUUAGAUGCUGAAUAUGUGAAGUUCUAUAACGAGCAUGUUAUUGACAAACAGCAAGUCCAUCUGCAGCCGGUCGAGGCGUCGCGGACGUCAGGCAUAUUGAUCCCUGGAGGUGGUCCCAAACAGCCCGUGGGAAGCACUCAAGACAUCUCGAUCCCCCGCCGCGAGACCUCAGGGCCGGACAUCAAGCUCCGCGUCUUCACCCCCGACGGUACGAGACCAGAGAAGGGAUGGCCGUUGAUGGUGUAUUACCAUGGAGGCGGAUGGGUGUUGGGGAACAUCGACACCGAGAAUACGGUGUGCACGCAUCUGUGCUCGCGGGCCAAGUGCGUCGUGGUCACUGUCGAUUAUCGACUUGCUCCCGAAAACCCCUUCCCCGCAGCCGUCCACGAUUCCUGGGAAGCCCUCCUAUGGCUCCAGACCACGGGCCACUCGCUCCUGCAUCUCGACCUCUCCAAGGCCGCCAUCGGCGGCUCCUCCGCCGGCGGCAACCUGACCGCGACCAUGUGCCACAAAGCUGUCGCGGCGCCCCCAUCCCUCGUCCCGAAAUUCCAGGUCCAGCUCCUGAUCGUGCCCGUCACGGACAACACCGCCGAUGCGAGCAACACGCUGAGCUGGAAGGAGAACGAGUUCGUGCCCGCGCUGCCCGCGGCCAAGAUGCUGUGGUAUCGAAAUCACUAUCUUCCCGAGCAGCGCCUGUGGGCCCAUCCCGAAGCGAGCCCCUUGCUGUAUGAGGAGGGCUGGGCUGAGCAGCCGCGGGCGUUGAUCGUGAUGGGUGAGCUGGACGUCCUGAGGACCGAGGGCGAGCGGUAUGCGGAGAAGCUGAGAGGCGCCGGUGUGCACGUCGAUGUGAAGAUUAUGAAGGGCAUGCCGCAUCCGUUCUUGGCUAUGGAUGGCGCGAUACAGCAGGGUAGAGAUACCAUUUCGUAUAUGGUGGAAGCUUUGCAAGAGGCUUUUGGGAGGGAAUGA